AUGAUCGACGGGACGCCGGUCACCGAGUUCCCGGAGGGGGCUUUGGCUGGACCCACCCAGUGCCGGUGCCGCUUCUGCUUCUGCACCGGCGGCGUGGGCGGAACGGAAGCCUGGGCACCCUUAAAGGCGAGGCCGCCAGCGGCUCCGGUGCUGCGAGUGAGGCCGGGCAGCCAGCGCGGCACCGGCUCGAGGGAACGCGGAGGGGCCAUGGGGAGCGCUGGUGCCGGUGCCCUGCGCUGGCUGCUGCUGCUGCUGCUGCAGGCGGUGCCCUGGACCUCAGGUGCGCGGCCCUGCAGCCCCAAGUACUUUGGCCGCGAUGCCAUCGUGUGCGUCUGCAACGCCACCUACUGCGACACACUGGACCCCGUGGUGCUGCCAGCCCGGGGCACCUACAUCAAGUAUGAGAGCAGCAAGGCUGGCAAGCGGUUGGAGCGCAGCGAGGGAAGCUUCCAGCGCAGCCUGCAGGCACCAGAUCUCGUCCUGACCGUGGACACGACACAAAGGUACCAGAAGGUGAAAGGUUUUGGUGGCUCCGUCACCGAUGCAGCUGCUAUAAACCUCUUGUCCCUGCCAGAAGCAGCCCAGGACCACCUCCUGCGCUCCUACUUCUCUGAGGAAGGGCUGGAGUACAACCUUGUCCGGCUCCCUAUGGCCAGCUGUGACUUCUCCCUCCAUGCCUACACCUAUGAUGAUGUCCCCUACGACUAUGAGCUCACCCACUUCAGCCUGCGAGAUGAGGACACGAAGCUGAAGAUCCCCCUUCUGCACCGAGCCUUGGCUAUGAGCAAGCAGCCUGUGUCGCUGAUCGCCAGCCCCUGGACCUCCCCAGCCUGGAUGAAGACCAGCGAGUCCUACGUGGGGAAGGGCACAUUGAAGGGGCAGGCAGGGGAUAAGUACCACAAGACCUGGGCCAACUAUUUUGUCCGGUUCCUAGAUGAAUACUCCAAGCACAACCUGACCUUCUGGGCAGUGACAGCAGAGAACGAGCCCACAGCAGGGCUGAUCAACAACUACCCCUUCCAGUGCCUGGGCUUCACGGCUGAGCAGCAGAGAGACUUCAUCGCGAAGGACCUGGGCCCCGCGCUGGCCAACAGCUCCCACGCCCGUGUCCAGCUCAUCAUCCUGGAUGACAAUCGGCUCCACCUCCCCCACUGGGCCAAAGUGGUCCUGGAGGAUGAGGAAGCAGCUCGGUAUGUCCACGGCAUUGGCAUCCACUGGUACCUGGACUUCAUUGGACCCAUACAGGACACUGUGGUGCCCACUCAUGAGCUCUUCCCUGACUACUUCAUCCUGGCCACCGAGGCCUGCAUCGGGGCCCAUUUCUGGGAGCGGGAUGUGAUCCUGGGCUGCUGGGAGAGAGGCAAUCAGUACAGCCACAGCAUCCUGACGAACCUGAACCACUUUGUGGCCGGCUGGAUUGACUGGAACCUGGCCCUAGACCUGGAGGGAGGCCCCAACUGGGUCAAGAACUAUGUGGACAGCCCUGUCAUCGUGGACCGCAGCGAAGGCAUCUUCUACAAGCAGCCCAUGUUCUACCACAUGGGGCACUUCAGUAAGUUCAUCCCUGAGGGUUCCCAACGUGUGGGGCUUGUUGCCUCCAAGGAGUCCAAGAAGACAGAGCUGGAGUACACAGCUUUCCUGCGCCCCGACGGUGCCCUAGUGGUGGUGGUUCUGAACCGGUCCCCGCAGAACAUCACCUUUGGGCUUGCUGACCGGGUUGGCCUCAUCGCAGCUGUGGCUCCAGCCAGCUCCAUCCAGACCUACCUGUGGCAGCAGUGA